AUGCCAGAAGAUAACUUCAAAGAUCAUAUUACAGUCGACCCCGACAUUUAUGCACUCACUAAUGCAUACGAACUCGAUGACAACCAAUCUGAGACAACUUCUCUCGCCUCAUCAAUUUACGGGGGUGAUGGAAAAUGGGCAUACCAAACCAUCAGAGAGGGCGAAUACUGGGGUCCAUCUGAUGAACAACAAUUUGAAGCGCUAGAAGCAGGUCAUUUGGUAGCACUGGUGAUGGACUCCGAGUCCCGAAAUCCACUAUUUCAAGCCCCAGUCAAAGACCCCAAGCGUAUCUUGGAUAUUGGUACAGGCCGAGGCAGCUGGGCUGUCGACGCUGCUGACUCGUUCCCAAAUUCCACCGUUUACGGAGUUGAUCUCUAUCCCCCUCCAAUCACUUGGAUGCCACCAAAUUGCAUCUUGGAAGUGGACGAUGUUCUUCAAGAAUGGACCUGGCGUGAGCCAUUCGAUUUCAUUCACAUGCGCUUAAUGCUUGGCGCAUUCUCAGCAGAGGAGUGGGACACUGUUUAUAAGCAGUGCUAUGAUAACUUGACUCCGGGUGGUUGGUUUGAGCAAUUCGAAGGAGGCUGUGAUCUACUAUCUGAUGAUGGUAGUUUACCGGAGGAUAGUAUCUUGACUCAGUGGGGCAAGAAUAUCGUGGCCGCCGCCAGUAAUGCUGGAAAGCCCGUUGACACACUCGACACCAUGCGGACUGAGAUUGAAAAGGCCGGGUUUGUUGAUAUUCAUGAGAAGGUAUACAAGUGGCCUAUUGGGCCUUGGCCAAGAGACAGUGUGCUCAAGGAGGCUGGACGACUGAGUUAUCACAUGUGGAGAACCGGUAUGGAAGGAUGGGCAAUGUACUUGCUCACAAAGUAUGGUGUUCCUGAGCCGUGGAGCAAAGAAGAGGUUCAAGUAUACGUUGCAAAGGCACGAAGGGAUAUCCAAAAUCCUACUUAUCAUAUUUACCAUAAGUCACGUCGUAUUUGGGCGCGCAAGCCAACAGAAGCGGAAUUGGCUGCUAAAGCUGCACAGAAGGCGAGGAAGAUUGCUGAGCAAACUACAAGAGUCAAGGAAGAGCCUCUUUCUCCACUAUUCUCACCAUCUGACGUGUUGUGA